ACCCGCCCCCUCGUUCGCCCACAAAAGGCGUGCGCCGCGCGCACUCGCGCAGGACCGCGGCAUGGACGUCCCCGCUGCGCUGGGCCGGUGCCGGGCUCCCUGGAGGACCAUGCCUGCAGAGGAGCUGGAAAAGCAGUACUCACCCAGCAGAUGGGUCAUCCGGAUGGAAGCAGAGGAAGCCCUUAGGACCUUCGUACAGAUAGGAAGCCAGGCUACCACGAUGGCCAGGGCCACCAGGAGGAGCCGGCUGAAUGUCCCCUAUGGGGAUGGUGAAGGGGAGAAACUGGACAUCUACUUUCCUGACAAGGCAACUGAGGCUUGGCCCCUCUUUGUGUUUUUCCAUGGAGGAUACUGGCAGAAUGGAAG